AUGUAUGAGUCCACGUGCUCACUGCUGCAAAUAUGUGAGAGAGCGUCCGAUUGUCACGCUCUUCUUCGCAGGAAGCAUUGGCGACCCCCCAAGAUUUCUAGUCAGUGUGAAUCAAUGUUUGCUAAUGUGUUGGUGAAGUUAUUAAUGUCUGCCUCAUGUGAAGUUGAAGAAUUGCGCAUCCCCCGAUCUACAGAAAUUCGUAACAUUCCUUGCUCCAUUUGUAACGUGGAAGCCCUCACGGCGCCUGACCACGUUCUCAACACCUUCGACAGCCACCGACUUCCACCAUGCGGUUUUUCGUGGGCAAGUGUACACUCAGCACUUCUCCUGCUGGCAGUCCGGGCGUCAUCACAGCUGUGUGUACCUGACUGCACAGGCAGGAAAGAGGGAGACCUGGUUAAAGACCCAACCAAUUGUCUUCAGUAUUAUGUCUGUAGCGACCCAGAUGGAGACGGUGUCCUCCCCAUAGAGCCGUCUGUCUUACCCCUCCAGUGCGAAGAAGGGUAUUUCUUCAAUUCAGCUGAUAGUGUGAGGCAAUGUCAGACGAUAAAUCCUUCUGCCGACUAUUGUAAAGGUCUCUGCAGCCCGUGUGUCAUCCAGUGUGAGACUCCAGGCACGUUAAUUCCGUCAACACUGGAUUGUAGCAAAUAUGAAAUCUGCCUUGAAACAGGUCCUCUGGAAGUAGAAUGUCCGACUGGUACUCCGUAUUUCAACUUCGAGACGGGAGCGUGUUCUGAUGACCCUACUGUUUGCUACGAAACUUGUGACCCCUGUGACGUGUACUGCGUGACUGAGGGCAGGAUUCCUAAUCCACACAACUGUCAUGGUUACUUGUACUGCAACCCUCCUGAUGUGGCUUUAUUUCUUUGCCCCGAAAACGAAGUCUUUAACACACAAUCUCUCAUCUGUGAGAACACCACAGACACCUGUAACAACCUCUGUACAGACACCACUGGCGCUUAUGAUGAUUCUUGGGACUCGUUUUUGGAAUAAGUUUGAGUAUGUUUGAUAUGUUAAUAAAUUUAUCAGCGUUUAUAGGUUUUACAAAAAAAAAUAUAAUUUUAUUAAAAGCCUCAUAUGGGGUAAUUAUCUCACAGGAAAACAUGCAUCCUUUAUCCUGAUGUCAUUGAGAUUAGAGUGAAAAGUAAAGUGUAUGUGAUGACGAGUGACUCACUGGCACCAACAAGUCUGAGCAAAUUCCUCUGGUUGACAUUUGGUGCUAUUGGUCGAAAUGUGGCUCCACUGGUCAAGACGUGAUAUAUCUGUUCGAAACAUCCUAUAAGUGAUCACUGGAGAAUACGUGAAACUACUGUUCGAACCGUGUAACAGAACUACGAGGGGAAAAACGAUGCUGCAUAUCUACUACGCUCUUAAGAAGUCUCCACUAAGUGCUCAGUAAUUAGUUUUCUUACCAUUGUCUCAGAGAACAUGUAGUGACAGAGGAACAUCAAAGAUCAUUACUUAACUCUCAUAGUGAACCUUAUUAAAUACUGAAAGUAAAGCCGUAAACCUAGACUCACAUAUCACUACUGGAUUCCCUGUGCUGCAACUUCAGCGAGUCAGACUUCAAGAAACAGUUCAAUUAAUCCUUA